UUGUUACAGUUUUCUAAUUUAGAGACGCCAGGGUAUGUUGGGUUUGCCAACUUACCCAACCAAGUCCACAGGAAGUCGGUGAAGAAGGGUUUCGAGUUCACUCUUAUGGUUGUCGGUGAAAGUGGUCUUGGGAAGUCCACGCUUGUCAAUUCCCUUUUCCUGACUGAUCUGUACCCAGAACGAGUUAUUCCUGAUGCCAUCGAAAAAACUAAUCAAACAGUGAAAUUGGACGCUUCGACGGUAGAAAUAGAGGAGCGCGGUGUUAAAUUGCGUCUGACUGUAGUUGACACCCCUGGCUAUGGGGAUGCUAUUGACAAUACAGACUGUUUCAGGUCUAUAAUACAGUAUAUAGAUGAGCAAUUCGAGAGAUUCCUGCGAGACGAGAGCGGUCUAAAUCGUCGUAAUAUCGUCGACAACCGCAUACAUUGCUGCUUUUAUUUCAUAUCGCCGUUUGGACAUGGACUUAAACCCCUGGACAUCGAAUUCAUGAAACAGCUCCACAACAAGGUUAACAUAGUACCGGUCAUCGCUAAAGCCGAUUGUUUGACCAAGAAGGAAGUUCAGCGUCUGAAGUCAAGAGUUAUGGAGGAAAUUGAGAGAGAGGGAAUCAAGAUCUAUCCUUUACCAGAUUGUGACAGCGAUGAGGAUGAAGAUUAUAAAGAACAGGUUCGUCAAUUGAAAGAAGCGGUUCCAUUCGCUGUGUGUGGCGCCGGUCAGCAGUUGGAGGUGCGCGGACGUCGCGUGCGUGGAAGACUGUAUCCUUGGGGAGUGGUCGAGGUUGAGAACCCGGAUCACUGUGACUUCAUCAAGCUGAGGACCAUGCUUAUCACUCACAUGCAAGAUCUGCAGGAAGUUACUCAAGAGGUGCACUAUGAGAACUAUCGUUCUGAAAGACUCGCUCGCAACGGACAAAUACCUAAGAGGCAUACUUCCACCGAAAGCGGUCUCAGUGAAGCCGACUCCGGUUUGACGAACGGAUCCAACGAGGAUGCUUCGGAACGCGAGCGUGCAUUGCGCGAAAAGGAGGCCGAGCUCCGUCGGAUGCAGGAGAUGCUGGAACAGAUGCAGCGCCAGAUGCAGCUUCAAGCUGCUGCCAACACCUCCGCAUAG